AAAUAACCCCCAUAUUCAUUCAUAUUCGGUUUUCUACCAUACCAUUUUACUCUCACCAAAUGACCCACUUUGAUUCUGGUAAGUAGAAACUGGAAACUCAUCAAAUCGAUCAGGCCAUCUUCUCUUCCUCGAAGUUCUACGCGCGCAUCUUCCUCCAAUUUCUCAGCUUUCCGAUUACAACGAAUUAUCAAUCAUGUCCUCCGCCCAAGAUCCAUUUUACAUUGUAAAGGAAGAGAUCCAGGAAUCUAUUGAUAAUUUAUUAUCAAGUUUUCAUCAAUGGGAGCGUGCGGCUUAUGGUACUCCCGAGCAACUACGGCUCACUGAUGAGCUGCGUGCUGGGUGUGAAAGCAUUGAGUGGCAGGUUGAUGAGUUGGACAGAGCAGUUUCCGUGGCUGCGAAAGAUCCUGCGUAUUACGGCAUUGAUGAGGUAGAGCUUGAAAAACGUCGCAGAUGGACUAGAACUGCACGUGAUCAGGUGGGCAAUGUGAAGAAAAAGAUAACAAUGGGCAAGGAGCUAAGUUAUCACGACUCUCACCUUGAAUUAAUGAGGCUUCCAAUGGAGCACCCACAUCAGACAGAAAGGUCCAAUCAAUAUGGGCAUCACAAUGAUGACUUCGUAUCAUCAGAGUCGGAUAGACAACAACUUCUAUUAAAGCAACAGGACGAAGAUCUAGAUGAACUGAGUGUCAGUGUCAAGACAAUUGGAUCACUUGGGCUUAGCAUUCAUGAUGAAUUACUUGCUCAGGAAAAAAUAAUCGAUGACUUGGGUGUCGAAAUGGAUAGCACUUCAAAUCGGCUUGAUUUCCUCCAGAAAAAGGUCGGGAUUGUUAUGAAAAAGGCUGGAGCCAAGGGCCAGUUAAUGAUGAUAUUAUUCUUGGUGGUGCUGUUUAUAGUACUCUUUAUUCUUGUUUUCUUUACUUAAAGAGUCAAGGUCGAGAUAUGGGAGAUAUUUGCGGUCUUAUAAGGGAUACUGGUUUGAAGAUAUAUUCCGCUUUCUAAAUGGUUGUACUAGUAGAGAAAAAGACACUAAUGGUUUAUUUCAAGUUGUUUUUUUGGCUAAAUUCGUGUCUUACUUGCCUUGUAGUUGUAGGCGUUCCUCAUUGAACCCCUUGAGAAGUAUGUUUAAUUAAGGGUUAUUACUUAUGUUUGUCGAUGUUUCUAUAUUGCUUACAUACUAUAUAAUGUAAUAUUUCCUCUUUUUUUUGUUUGAGAAAAUUUUGAACGUGAUUUAAUAGAUAUGAUGAAGUAUAUAUUUUAAA